AUGUCAGACCUUCCCGAAUCACAAUUCUCAAACCUCGCCACCACUGACGGAGACAAAGGCAAAGGAAAAGCUCUCGCGGAUGGCUCGACGGUCCUUCUCGAUCUCGCCACCUGGGACGAUGCAAAGAUCGCAAGCACGAUUGAGAGUCUCCGUGGCUGUGACCUUUCUCGCCUCACCAUCAUCGCGGGUUGCGGCCCAGACUGCACCGCUUGCAGGUCCGACGGAGACACCAAAGAGACCAGAGCCCUCCACGCCCUGCAGGCACUUCAGGAUUUCACUCUCGAUGGCUCGGAGCGCUUGAGGAUCGACGCGCUGCACGUCCAUCACCCAACCGCAAUUGAAGACGUCCUUCUCCCCAUGCCCUUUUCUUUCGCGCACUGCUGCCUGACCGCGAUACAUGCUACGCACAGCUUCAUGACGUCCGGCAUCUCCGACGCGGUCCCAUCUUACUUCAUCUACAGGCACCCUAUCAGUGAGGCCUCUGAUGAAAAGAGUGGGGGGUGGAACAGGAUGUUCACUAUCGGGUGCACUACCAGCGGAGAAGAGCAGCACCAUGGUGUGGGCCAGAUUGGCGGCAGGCUGGGUUGCUUGACGCUCCCGGACAAGACGCCCAAGGAUGUCACGGUGAUCGAUGUGGUGUCCCCGACGUCGUUCAAGGUUGGUACCGCCUGCAAGUGGCACUACGCCAAAUUGAAGGAGCUUGGAUUGAUGCAAGGCCCGGAACCCUAUGUGACGUUGGUGUCCAGAUCGCUCGGUCAGACCCCGGCCCAGAUCAAGGCGGAGCUCCCGGGCGUCAACUGGAACCAGUGA